CAAUUUGCUAAAAUAUGUGUUACACAAUUUAUAUUUAUUUUAACUCUGCAUUUAUUAAAUAAUAUUGGUUUUAACCCUCUUCAACUCUUUUUGUGGGCACAACGACCUCAGUUUUGUCGCAAGCGAGCUCUCGCUGUGGGUUAUCCUCCUCCGCUGACACAGCACAAAAUGUAGACACAUGUCCGCUAGACCGCAGAACGAGUGCCAAAAGUGCUGUCCACCACCCAUGUCCGUUCUCCCCGGCAUGUCCUUUUUCCUGACCUCUCGUCCUGUGUCCACAUCCACAGUUCGGCAGCUGGAAGUGAAAUCGAAACCGAAACCGCCACGCCUGCGCUUGGAACAGCAGGUAGAAGUCCUUGGGAUCUUUCCGUUUGCGGGUUUGUGCACUUGACUUGGUUUGUUUGGAAUACUGCGGUGGAGAUUUUUAUGGGUGUGGUGCAGUUGCAAGUGCAAUUAAACGGCAAACAAAGCGAAACCGCAGCUUGUGCCCAGGUAGAGCAGAGAUCAACUGUCAACUGGACGCGGCAAUUGCUUGGAGCACUUCCUGGAAACUCAAUACGCAAUCCUAAUUAAGCAUAAAGAGACUAAUUUCACCGCUGCCCCUGUGCCGCAUUGUGUGGGAAAAUCUAAUUGGAAAUCUGUGAACAAAGUCGCCUUUCUCGCGGUCUUCAAAUUACGCUCAUUGCAGCGAGGCCUGUGCGCAGGCGCUCUAAAAAAGACGGGAAAGUGGGGGAUUACUGAUGAAAAUUCGGAUUUUCCGCUUUGUUUUCGUGUAGUUGAAUAUCCUUGGGAAACUCAGCGAACUCAGGGAUUUCCUCAAUGUUUUCCCUGUCAGUGUGUAAGCGGUAAGUAAAUAACAUUUUGUACAAUAUUUACGUGAUUUUGGAGCAGUCCGAUUUCCUGGUGGAUGUCCUCGGGCAAAUACGGAUGCAGGAUGUGCUUACAGGUUGGGCAGGAUAUCCACAGGAUAUUCACUGGAUAAACAGGUGUACAGAGCUAUUUUCCCAGGGACAAACCGUGAUCAAUCCGAAAUGUAAGAGUGUUUAUUCCCCCCUUUGGAACGGUAAACAUGUCAAUAAAUCAUCCCAGCACUUUUACGUCAUCCAUCCACUCAGUGGAAAUCAAUAGCCGGAAAAUAGUUUUCCAAGGCGAGCGUUAAACAAAUCCAACACCGAAAACACCAGAAAUCACAAAUUAGCUACACGACAACUACAGUGUGAGAACAAAACCCAACAGAACAUUUAAAUACGGGGAAAAAUUAUUGACACAUGAAGUCCUCGGUCUCCCCCGGUCGAAAUCCACUGCAACCUUAUAGUAACAUCUGGGCAAGUAUUAAAAAAACAAUAACAGACCCUCAAGUGACAUCCACUGCGCCAGGAUCUUCAGCGGCAACUCGCCCGUGGAAGAUUACAAUUUAUGGCUGAGUCUGAUUCUACAAAUAUUUAACCAGCGGUUGGGGCACAACGUGCAUAUCUGAAACCCAUUGGAAUUUGUUACAGCGAGCAGGAAAAAAUGGAAAAAGAUUUCCGUGAGAAACGCUACAGGAUGUGGGCUCAUGUAAAUGAGAGUGGGGCCAAGCUAGACUAUUUUUUAAUUGGACUGGGGGGAAAUACUAACAGCAAGUUCGACCACAAAACUACAAAAAAUCCUUUUCUACUGCCGAUUUAUUUACGACUUUUACGAGCCGUGAUCUGAAAUUCGAAGCUGGACUAUCUUCUCGGCCUGCUCCAGUUCUAAUUCUGUGUCUGCGAUAAGCCUUAAUCGCCGAUAGAAAUAUGACUGAAAAUUGAGCAGUUCGAAUGUUAUUAAUGGGCCCAGGCCCAGAUAAGCCCGUUGAGAUUACAAGGGAUCAGAAAUGCCAGAGCUAGCUCAAAUUUCACGUUCACAUAUUAUGACUCAAUAAUACUUUCAAUAUUUAUAUCAAUUGUUAUUAAAUAUUAUUGGUCAGCAGACCAACCAACCCUUAGCCUCAACCCUUUCGAUGCCUGCUGGAAAUUGGAAACCGUCAGGAGCAAUCAAAGUCGGCGGCGAAUGUGAGAAUUAUUGGGUUUCGCCAAUUUAGUUUCGGUGAAAACGAGGGUGAAUUUUGCCCAAGUGUUAGGUGUCGUUGUUCCGGUGAAGUUGAGCUUCUGUUUCUGCAGCCGAUCGGCCCAAGUGGUCAGGCAGUGGCAGUCCAAAAAGUAAUUAACCGGCCGAGCUGAAAGAAAUCGUAUAUCACGGAACAUAAGCGAUUCCGGAUGUGUCCUAUGAAAUUAGCAUAGGCCGUGGAGGUGGAGGUGGUGGUGGGCUGGGCAAGGCGAAGCCACAGAUGUUUUCACAUCGGAACCAUCUUUAUCGGGCCCCAGACUUCCAGACUUCCAGACUUCCGCUCUGCCCACCUCCCGAGAACCUGGAGAAUCAGAGUACUUGGUUCCCACACGAUCUGCUCACCUGCGGAUCUGGAAGCAGAACUAUCUCGAGCACGACCCGACCCAGAUGCAAUGCAUUCAUCACUAUUAUCAUGGCUAAUAUUUACCCCCAGAUACGCUGCGUUUGCCCACGGCUCCGAGAGCCAUUCUAUUCAUAAGUUUGAGUUUGAGUUUGGGUUUAGUUGCCUUGUUGACUUGUUACUGCAUUACGCAUACUCGCACUUCCUUCGGCCCUCGACUGAGUGAGUUCAUUCAUAAAAUUAGAUUCUGGGCUGGGCGUCUGCUGCAAUCGGAAUGGCAUCCCACAGAUCUGGCACUAUCUCCGAGGUAUUCGGAAUGCCAACAAAUGUUGCCGCUAAGUGUAAAUAAGUUUCGGGCAAAUUCGUUUGUUUGCCCGCCGUUAUCUGCGCGCUCCGCGAUGAUAAAAGUUUUCUGAAAUGCGAGGACAAAGUCGAACUGCGCGACUCGGUUUGGGCAGUUCAAGGUGAGCUUACAUUUUAGUAACUAAGCACAUCUUAAUAUGUAUUUAAUUGGCUGGGAUCACACAAAAGACACACUUUUUUAUAUAAAACUCUGGUGAAGCCGAGGAGCAAACUCAGUGUAUGAAACAACUCUAGGGAGUUCGUUACUUCAAGUUCAAUAAGGAUAUUUCACCAUGCUGACAUUCGGAUUGCUCCUGACCGUUGGGGUGUUCCUUUGGAUAUACUUUCUAUGGAGUCGACGAAGGCUGUAUAUGCUGCAUGCCAAGGUGCCCGGACCCUUGGGACUUCCAAUUUUGGGCAUUGCAGCGGAGUACCUCAUCCUCAACAAACGUAAAAUGACCACCAGAACCAAGUACUUGGAUAUGUAUGGGUCAACAGUUCUGCUCUGGAUUGGCCCAGACCCAUUUGUUGUGACACGAGAUCCAAAGAUUGCCGAGGAGGUCCUCUUGUCGUCGGAAUGCAUCAACAGGAGUUCGCAUGCGGCUGAUGCAAUUGCUCGUAGUGCUGGAGAUGGAUUGUUCACUUUAAAGGGACCCAAGUGGAUUGAGCGGCGCAAGCAGAUGAAUCCCACAUUCAAGCACAAUAUCUUGCUCAGCUUUCUUCCCAUUUUCAAUGCGGAGACAAAAACUUUGGUCAGAUUACUGGACUCCUAUGUUGGUCAUGGUGAAAAAGAGAUUCUCAGUGAUAUUGUCAGAUGGUCGUUUAGAAUAGCCACUCAAACCACGGUGGGCACUGACAUAAAGCAUGAAGAAAACUUUAAGAACGAUACAAUUUUGAGAAGUUAUCAGUCGCUUUUACAACUGAUGACAAUGAAUGUUUUGAUGCCCUUCACUCAGAACAAAAUAAUUUCCACGCUGUGCGGAUAUGAAGAUCAGAGAAUGAGGGCCGCCUCUAAUAUUCAGAAAAUGAUAACCAAAAUCCUGGACAAAAAACUCAACUCAAAGCCGGAGAGUAGUUCGCAGCCGGAAAUUAACUCUGUUAUUAACCGAGCCAUAGAACUUUUCCGGAAUGGCCAAAUACCAUAUGAGCACGUGCAAGGUGAAUGUAGCAGUAUAGUCGUGGCCGCCUUCGAAACAACCGGUCUCACGGUCUGUCAUACACUCACUCUGCUGGCCAUGUACCCCCAGUACCAGGAUACGGUCUUCGAGGAGCUCAAGGAACUCUUUCCAACGGCCGGCGACUUCGAAGUGACCUAUGAGGACCUGCAGAAAAUGGUCUACUUGGAGCGCGUGUUGAAUGAGACUUUGCGGCUAAUACCAUCCGUGCCAUUUGCACCGAGGGAAACGUUGCAGGACUUCCGCCUUUCGAGCGGAGUCCUCAUCCCCAAAGGAGUCACCAUUGGCAUCGACAUAUUCAACACUCACCGCAACCCUGAGGUCUGGGGUCCAGACGCAGCGAAGUUCAAUCCCGAUAACUUCCUGCCGGACAACGUACGCGACAGGCAUCCCUACGCCUUCCUUCCGUUUUCAAAGGGAAAACGAAAUUGCAUAGGCUGGAAAUAUGGACUAAUGUCCUCUAAGCUCGCCCUAGCCAAAAUACUGAGGAACUUCAAGAUACGCACAUCUUUUCGCUAUGAGGACCUCGUUUUCGUUGACAACAUUGGCAUGAAGCUGGCCCAGUCACCAGGAUUAGAAUUUCAACGGCCAAUACACUUCUUGAUCGCUGCGGGGAUAUUUUUGUGGAUCCGAUUUCUGUGGAAUCGUCGCUGGCUUUAUAAACUGAUGUUCCAGUUGCCAGGACCAAUGGGACUUCCCCUGCUCGGCAUAGCCAUCGAGUACACUAUUAACAAGCGGAAAAUGAGCUUACGAGCCCAGUACAUGGACAAAUAUGGCUCAACCAUUUUUUCCUGGCUGGGACCGGUGCCCAUUUUGGUUACAAGGGAUCCAACGAUCUUAAAGGACAUAUUAACGUCUUCAGACUGCCUAAAUAAGUCAUUGCACAUGGUGAAUGGUAUGGGUACUUGUAUUGGAUUCGGAUUGGUGACGCUGCGAGAGCCCAAAUGGGAUAUUCGCCGCAAGCAGCUCAAUCCCACAUUCAAACAUGGUGUCCUGCUCAGCUUUAUGCCCGUUUUCAAUGAUGAAUCGAAAACAUUAGUUACCUUGCUGGAUACUUUUGUGGGUCAAGGGGAAAAGGACGUGCUUCCAGAUAUACACCGAUGGUCUUUUAGAACGGCUAUGAAAACUACAAUGGGAUUUGAUAUACAAGAAGAUCAGACCUUCAAAGAUGAUAAACUAAUGGAAAGCUAUCAAACAAUCAUAGGUUUGAUAACGGUCAACGUUAUCUUUCCCUUGGUCCAGAACAAGUUUAUUUCCAAACUCUGUGGUUAUGAGAAAAAGAGAUUGACGAACGCCUUGGUGAUUAAUAAACCUGUUGAAAAUAUAAUUGAUAAAAAACUAAAAUGUAACGAGGAAAAUAGUACAUCUUCCAUUUCUAACACUUUGAUCAACCGAGCAAUCGAUCUGUUUCGAAGUGGCGAUUUAAGCUAUGAGGAAGUGAAAAGUGAAUGCAGUAAUAUGGUCUUAGCUGCUUUCGAGACUACAGGUCUAACAGUUUGGCACACUAUGAUUUUGCUAGCCAUGUUCCCCAGCUACCAGGAUAUGGCAUUUGAAGAGCUUAAAAAAGCCUUUCCAACAAACGGCGACUUCGAAGUGACUGAGGAAGACCUACAAAAUUUGGAGUACUUGGACCGCGUAUUGAACGAGACCUUGCGAUUGAUACCGCCUAUUCCCAUUGCUCCGAGGGAAACUAUAAGAGAUGUUCGCCUUUCAAAUGGAGUUGUCAUUCCGAAAGAUGUCGUUAUAGGCAUUGACAUAUUCAGUACUCACCGUAACCCGGAUUUCUGGGGCUCCGAGCCAGAGAAGUUCAAUCCAGAUAACUUUCUGCCGGAAAACAUCCUCGAGAGGCAUCCCUACGCCUUCAUUCCGUUCUCAAGGGGAAAGCGAAAUUGCAUAGGCUGGAAAUAUGCAUUGAUGUCAGUCAAGCUCGCAUUAGUAAAGAUACUAAGGAACUACAAAAUAGGCACCUCUUUUCGAUAUGAAGAUCUCGAUUUUGUUGACAACACGGCCAUGAAGCUGGCUCAGUCUCCAAGGCUACAUUUUCAAAGGCGGAAUUAGUAUGUUAUAUAAA